CCAAUCGUCAAUCGCACGGGUCGCGUCUUCGCAUCUGCAUUUGCACAACCCCGUGAGGAUAAGACUGCGUGUGACGGUACCCCAACUUGGAAGGCUGUCCAUGCUGAGGGUCUUCGUGUGAUUCUUGAAUGCCGGAACACAUGUGGCCUAGGUUUCGCACUGCAGAAGCAUCGUCAUGGGGACUACACGACUCUCAGUACAGGGUUUUCGUUUGGAGGCGGCCAGCAACGUCCUGGAAAUUUCCGCCAUUCGAAAAGAGUCAAGAGAGAGCUGGACAGGUUGUGCCAAAACUGGGCGAUAAAAAGAAUAGCAGGAUAUAUGAAUGGGGCUUUUAAAGUUUCUCAGCCAGAGCUUUUUCAACUGUAUGCAGAUGCUCUUCAGCAAUUAUUGACCCGACAUCCUCAUCUCAGGGCGACUUUUCCGCCGGACGUGUCUGUCUUUGCUGGCGCUCAUUUUAAUAUGGGCCCCCAAACCGUCACCGUCAGCCACUAUGACACCAAAAAUCUUGGUUGGGGAAUGUGCAUCGUUUAUGUCGAUGGUGGCUUUAAUCACAAACAAGGGGGCCACCUUAUUCUGUGGGAUCUCAAGCUUGUGAUCGAAUUUCCUGCCGGGACAUGCAUCAUGUUACCUUCCGCACUUAUUGAACAUUCUAAUGUUCCCAUUCAGCCAGAUGAAAACCGCAUCUCCUUCACUCAGUAUUCUGUGGCAGGGCUUUUCCGUUGGGUCUCCAAUGGUUUCAUGUCAGACCUGCAAUUCUUCGAGAACGCCUCGCCAGAAGAGAAAUCGACUUGGGACAGGGAGAGAUCUGCCCGUUGGGAGAAUGGACUGGCCAUGUUGACUGUACGAGUGGAUGCUGAUCAUAGUCACGGUGAGGACCGGUCUCGAGGCAGCAGCUGA